CGCAUCGUGCCGCGGUGCCGCCGCCGCCGUUGCCUGAAUUGGCAAAACCAACGAGCAGUCAGAGCGGAAGCCGCCGCGGCGCCCGCCACCAAAGCCAAUGGAGCCCGCGCUGCGCGAGCUGUGGGCGGAGUCCCGGGACCUGUUGGGCCUCCCUUCCUCUUCUCAGGACGCCACCGCCGUGCCGCGCGUCAGCCUGCCCCCGACGCCGCUCGCGUUCCUCCGCGACCACGUCUCCCCGGGCCGCCCGCUCCUCGUCUCCGCCGCGGCCACUCGCCACUGGCCCGCCGCGUCGCUCUGGCCCACCGCCUCCUACCUCACCGACGCACUCCGCUCCACCGCCGUCUCCCUCCACCUCACCCCCGACGGGCGCGCCGAUGCGCUUGCCUCGCACCCGCACCCACGGCGACCCGGGUCCUCGAGGUGCUUUGCGUCCGCGCACGUCCGCCGUGUCGACUUCCCUACCGCGGUCCGGCUUAUCAGGGGAUCCGACCCGGCCGCCGGCCUGGUAGCGUACGCGCAGCAGCAGGACGACUGCCUCCGCGGGGAGUACGCGGCGGUCGCCGGUGACGUGGACGCGCACGUGCCGUGGGCCACCGAGGCGCUCGGCUGCCUCCCCGAGGCCGUCAACCUCUGGAUAGGCAACGCCCACUCCGUCACCUCCUUCCACAAGGACCACUACGACAACAUUUACGUCGUUCUGUCCGGCGAGAAGCACUUCCUCCUGCUGCCCCCCACCGAGCACCACCGUCUCUACGUCCGCGACUACCCCGCCGCCCGCUACGUUGCCACGGAGCAGAGCUCCGAGGGGGGGCGCCAGUUGAGGCUUAAGCUGGAGAUGGAAGUGCCCGAGAGGAUCGUUCCCUGGAGCAGCGUCGACCCGUGCCCGGCGUCGCCCGAGGAGUUGGCCGUGCAGGCGUCGUCGUUUCCGCUCUACUUUGACGGGCCGGCGCCGAUACGGUGCACGGUCCGGGCCGGCGAGAUGCUCUACCUGCCAAGCAUGUGGUUUCACCAUGUCAGCCAGAGUCCAGGGCCGAACGGGCUCACCAUUGCCGUGAACUACUGGUACGACAUGCAGUUUGACAUCAAGUAUGCUUACUUCAACUUCUUGAGGUCGCUGGAGAUCAAUGGUUGUUCAUCGGGCAAACCUGAUGCUUCGGAAGGUGAUCUAGAGGAGAAGAAAGAUUGAGGUGGCGGACAGUGACUUUGAUUACCCCUGGUUUCCGCUGAGCAUCACGAUGCUGUGCCGGGCUGGGUUUCUCGCGGCCACUGUCUAACAGAGUAACAGCUCUUCGAGCAUAACGAGGUGUUGCUAGACACAUGGAAACCAAUUAAUCGGCCAUGUAUGUUUGCACAACGUUUGCAGGUGCCAAUUGGCCUAUCAGACCCAAUGUGGUUGCAAUGCAUUGUCAAAGUUUGGUGGCAUUCACAGAGAACAUGAAUUUUGUUUUGAAUUCAGUCCAUGGGUUCCUGAUCGUCUUUGUUUCUAGCGAUGAUUCUUGAUAUGCUGGAGGCCUGAUUUAUAGCUUGUGCAAAUCAGCAUCAUUCACUGGAAGGAUGGAUUGUCCUCGUAGAAAUCUGAAUGCCAGAUAAAGAACUGCGUGGCGUGGAUAAAGAACUUUAUCAUCAUGGGUGAGACGCUACCUUUAAAGGUUGGAUAAAAUUGAGGUCGGACAGCGAUUAAUCCAUAAGGUUGGAACUUGAAAACCAAGAUGAGGCUAUCUAGUCAAGGGAGUCUCCGGCGUGGAAGAAGUGGGAGAGGGGGCAGAGUUUCACUUCUGUCCAUGUGUUGAUGGUCAGACUUCGUUGUUGUUGUGAGUUGUGACUUGUGAGAGCCGGCACCCAUACCAAUCUGGUUCCUGUGCUUGUUAUAGUGUGCCUUUGCUUAUUUGGGUUUCUUCCGUACGGAAGUACGAAUUCCUUGUAUCUUUUUGUUAACAGGUCUCAGAGCCAUU